CUUUGAGUUGAUCAGUAAUUUUAGAUCAUGAUAAUAAUACAAUAAAAUAGUUUUAAAGAAUUGUAGGUUAUGUUAUAACAAUAAUUUUUAUAAUAAAUUCAUCACUACAAUUAGAAUGUCAUUAAAAAAAUAAGAUUUUCUUAUUAAAAUGAUAAUAACUGAUAAGAAAUAUUUACUUCUUGAUGAACGGAAGGACGAGAAGGACAAAUUCAAUGAUUAUUGUCUUUUUUAAUUUUAAAAAUAAUUAUGAAAUCAUAUCAUGAUGGCUGUUAAAAGUCUUCUUAAUGACUAUGUGAUUACUCGAUUGAUUCAUUUUUAGCAUUAAAUUAAUAAACAAGAAGAUGAACGCUGUUAUUGCAAUGUGUACCUUUUGUGAGAUCCAUGGUCCUAGAGUAAUAUUUACAACUCAAACAUAUCGUACUUUUGACAAUAAAGACUCUACAAAAAAAUUAAGAUUUUAUGGACCCAAAGAAAUAAUGCAACAGUGUUAUCGCAGAAGAUUCUCAAUAUCCGAUGAUUCCCGACGAGAAUGUGAUGGAUGUAAAAGUCUAGGCAAUGUUAAAUAUUUAAGCAACGAACAUGAAAGCCGAACAUCUUUUUUAUCAGCACGUCAACCCCUUACUGAGGACAUCGCUAAUUUAUUAGGACAUGCUUGCAUAAGGAGCUUAAGCUGCGAACUUCAUCUCGGAAAAGAUGGCAUCUGUUACUUUGGUGAUGAGCAUCGUGGUCAUGUCUUGAGUCAUGCUUUUACUUUAAAAGAUGCACAGGCUCGUGGCAUCAGACGAUCUUGUAGUUUCAUCGUAUUCAUGAAAGAUAAACAAUAUUUGCUCAAUAUGUGGCCUUUUUUUGUUGAUAAUCUGAAACAAGUGAUUCGUGAAUUACAAGAUUUUGCUGAACGAAAAUAUGAUGCUGAUGAAGCUGAAAAUCCUCAACGCGCCGCUCGAUUAUUAUCAAUAAAUGGAGGGGUAUCUACUAAUCAAGAUACAUCACGAGGCACACCAAGAGGACUUUGUGAAAUCACAAAUGAAAAACAUGUAUUUAUAAGAAUCCAUAUGUGGCUAGUUUGGAUUUUGAGCGCUGGAGCAAGACAUCUUGUUGAAAUUUGUCCCAUUUCUAAUGAUGCAACUGAGUCAUCUAUACCAUUUAAUUAUAUAACACGUGAUUUACAAGAAAAAUUUAGUAAAGCUACAGAUGCUUCAUGUUCGGCAUUUUUACUCAGUUAUCAAGAUUUUAAAGAGAAUCCAGAAUUUUUAAAUAUUUCAGAAAAGAAAUGUCCAACAACUAUUUUGCGCAAUCUUAAACAACAGUUAACGACAGAGAAAUUUAGACAAUUAUUAUAUGCAAGUUUGACAGGAAUUCAAAUUCUUGUUCGUGGGUCAGAAGAAGAAACGUUUGAAACGAUAUAUGCCUUAAGUUCAUUGGUACCAAGAGCUUGUCGACGAAUUAAGUUACAAGCAACUGAAUACAUCGAUGAAUACAACUGCAACUUUCUUGGUGUUGAUCAAUCAAUAGCUGUGCCUGUUCCCUGUUCCAGUGUUUGUAGAUUAGAUAUUGUUCCUGAAGAUCACAGACAAAGUGAUACAAAAUCCCACAUUGUUAAGUGGACUGGGAUACUUCCUAAUAAAUUACCAACACUUUUAAUUAAACUAGAAAAAUAUUUAGACAAUAAAAAACUUGACGAUACCGUGGUCAAAACACAAUUCAUGGUUCUUCAAGAAGAGUGGGCAAAUAUUGCAAAAAUUGUUCAUACAAUGAAAGGCCGCGGCCACAGAAAUGAUCUUAAUGGUCUGAUAAUUAGUUUAGGUGCUGGAAUGCAUGAUCGGAGAUUACUUGACUCGUGGUCCAUGGGUUUACCAUCAAAUCCUGCUUAAUUAAAUAAAAGAAAUGUACAUAUUGAUACUUUUCAUCAUUUAUAUUCAUAUAUGGUUGUGUACUAAUUAUUUUUAAAUAAAUUAUUUAUUUGAUAUUUGA